ACCCGCAUUUCCACGUUUCAAACUACUGAAAGAGCUAGUUUAGCUUCAGCAAUGGAUACGAUAACAAGCAUGGUGACCGGAAAGCCAGUGGUGAUCUUCAGCAGGAGCACCUGUUGCAUGAGUCACUCCAUCGUGUCACUGAUAACGGGGUACGGGGCGAAUCCAACAGUUUAUGAGCUUGAUCAAAUCCCAAAUGGGCAAGCAGUAGAGAAAGUACUAGUCGAGCAGCUGAAAUGCGACCCUAGCGUGCCGGCUGUUUACAUAGGCCAACAGUUCGUUGGUGGAGCUAAUCAGGUCAUGACCCUCCAACUCCGAAACCAGCUCGCGCCUAUGCUCCUAGCUGCCAAUGCCAUUUGGAUUUGGAACCAGCAGUAGUAUGCGACUCCCAGUUAUAUCUACUUCAUAAAACAUGACCUUAAAUAACAGUACGUUUUCGUGUUCCCUCCCUCCGGAUCCUUUGGGUUUAAUUAGUACACUGGAGUGAAUAUGUUGUGCUUAAUAUAACCAUGGCUGGCAAAUUUAUAUGACCUUGUACUACUAGUUCUUUAUUUAGAAGAGCAGAGCUGGGUGAAGUUCCUCCCUCCUGGAGUGGGGAGCUUUAAUUUUCAAGUUCAUGUAAUCUCCCUAUAUACUUACUAUAUAAUUUGCGUAA